UCUCUUUAGUUUAGCUCCACACUUCACUCCCACAUAAAUCAAAUCUUCAUUUUCCUCUUUCCCAUUUUCAGCCUUUGCCAUUUGUCUCAUAAAUAGCUGCAAAAAAAGCAGCUUGACAUUAAAAAAUUAAAUAAAAAUGGUGAGGAUAAUACCAAUGGCCUCUUCAAUUAGGCCUUCACUUUCAUCUCUUCAUAAAUUUUCUGGGUCCUCAAGAUUCUGUGUUUCGCUUCUUUCUCAUAAUUCUCAACGAAAGUUCAGUUCUUUUCAUCUGGGUAGCGCAGUUCCACAGUUGCAAUCUUUUGGCCUUAAAGCUUCUAAUCUGUUAAGAGAAAAAGGGGGCAGUUUGUUGGUCAGCGCUGCGGGAAAUAUGGCGCAAGCAAGCACCACUACUACCCAAGAAAAUGUCCUAGAGUGGGUCAAACAGGACAAAAGAAGAAUGCUCCAUGUAGUUUACCGUGUUGGGGACCUUGAAAAGACAAUAAAAUUCUAUACGGAGUGCCUAGGGAUGAAAUUAUUGAGAAAGCGUGACAUCCCCGAGGAAAGAUACACAAAUGCAUUUCUAGGAUAUGGACCAGAGGACUCUCAUUUUGUGAUUGAACUCACGUACAAUUAUGGAGUUGACAAGUAUGAUAUCGGAUCUGGGUUUGGCCAUUUCGGAAUUGCUGUAGAGGAUGUUUCAAAGACAGUGGAACUCGUAAAGGCUAAGGGAGGGAAAGUAAGCAGGGAACCAGGUCCCGUUAAAGGAGGGAAGACAGUUAUUGCAUUUAUUGAAGAUCCUGAUGGUUACAAGUUUGAACUUUUAGAGAGGGGUCCAACACCCGAGCCCCUAUGCCAAGUAAUGCUUCGAGUCGGAGAUCUUGACCGCGCCAUAAAUUUUUAUGAGAAGGCUUAUGGUAUGAAGCUUCUCCGCACACGUGACAACCCGGAAUACAAGUAUACAAUAGCAAUGCUGGGAUAUGGUCCAGAAGAUACGAGUGCUGUGAUGGAGUUGACAUAUAAUUAUGGUGUCACUGAAUAUGACAAGGGAAAUGCAUAUGCACAGAUAGCUAUAGGCACAGAUGAUGUGUACAAGACAGCAGAAGCUAUAAGACUGUGUGGCGGAAAAGUUACGAGGGAACCAGGACCUCUACCUGGUAUCAGCACCAAAAUUGUAGCAUGCCUAGAUCCUGAUGGUUGGAAAUCGGUUUUUGUUGACAAUGUAGAUUUUCUCAAGGAAUUGGAGUAAGCUGUUUUUGGAGGAAAGAGUAGGCAUAUACGGAACAUCUCGAGGACAUUGAUGCUUCAUCGAAAUUACUUCCUUGCCUUUGACCGAAUCGAUACAAAGGGACUACCAUGAAAAAGAGCCUAAAAUUGUGCAUUUUGUGGAUAAAAUUACAGAAGUUAUUGCUUCACCAACAUAAAAAGAAUAGAAGCAUGAACUCGUAUAUCUACCUACUUUUUGUAAUAAAUUUGCUGCCUUUUCUUACUGGAAAACUUUGCAAACUAGGAAAUCAGUUCAGAAAAACUUAGCAAAGUGAGGACUUAGUAGUUCUCUAUUUCCAAUAUGUACAAUCCCUAAUUUCAAUUGUUCAUUUGACUCUUUUCUUCUAGUUGGACCAUAGGUACUGAGGAUCAAUCAGUUGCCAGUUGCAAGUUCCACUAUUGUAUUGUGGUCAAUUAUUUUGUUCUAAUAUGAAGAGUGUCAGUAUAAAAGCCA